CAGGACGGCUGGGAGACUGGCAACAGGUCUCACUGCUCUGGGGGACAAACUGUACGUCAGCCAACAAAAAACUAUUUCAAUAAAUCCGCACAGAGACAUUAUCUCACAUGGAUACAGUCAUCAGUUAGUGACUAAUAGCUGGUUCCUCGUUUCAUGUGGUUUGGCUUUUAUUAAGGACACAUUUUCAGAGGAAUAAUAAAGAUGAUUAAGGACAUGAUUCAGCAUGCGAAGAAACAUCCAGGGUUAAUCCCUCAGUUUUUCUUCAUGACUCUGGGCAUCUCAGGUGCCACGCUCUACCUGAUCCGUCUGGCAAGAGGCCCCCAUGUCACCUUCUGGGACAAAAAGAACAACCCUGAGCCCUGGAACAAGCUCGAUCCGACCUAUCAGUACAAGUUUGUUGCCGUCAACACAGACUACAAGAGCCUGAAGAAGGACAGACCCGACUUCUAAAGGUCCUGCAGGCACGUCCAGGGGCACCAAGUUCAGGAGGACCUCCACUUACAGCUGUCACCUCACCUCAUGUAAAAAACUUUGUGCUCAUGUAACCCUGUGUGUACCUCUGCAACGUCAACUCUGAGCAAAUAAUACAAAGAAGAAAAACAUUAAAAGAUGGUUCUACUUUUAGAGUGAUCUGCUAUAUUUUGUAACAUUCAACUCAUCACAUGUUUGCGGAAGACGGUAUAAAAUUACCUGUGCUUUAACCAAAUUUACCUUCACAUUAAGAGUCCUGCACAUUUCAUUUACAAAGAGAAUUCUUUAUUAAAAUCUAAAUAAAUUCAAUGUAUAUUUGCUUAAUUUUGUUGCUUGUUGUAUUUAUAGUGUUUAGUAUGCCAUUCAGCAUUAAUAACCAAGAAUUUUCAAUGACUACUCCUGACUGUGCUUCACCGAUACAUACGCUCUAUCAGACAGUUUUAAUGCUAGUUUGAUUAAAACGUAUUAUUUCCUCUGUCUAUCUCAGGUGCCGCUUGUCCAUUUAAUCACUUUCCUGUAGUAUUCAGUUUAUGAUGAAGUCGGUUACAUCUGUAGCGUGUUCAUAUUUCGAGCAGCAUGACUUCCUCCCACAGAAAGGAGCAAAUGAUCGGAAAUUUAAUUAGAAUUUGUGGCCAAUUUGGGUUUAUACAUAGAUAAGUCCAAAUUAUUUAUUCCCCCUGGUAGAUGUUUGUUUAAACUUAUCUUUUAAUUUUACCAACAUGUUUCUUCUGAACAAUAUUAUUGCUUUGGUGUUGCCCAGUCAGACUUGAAACUGAAAGAGCAUCUGUGGAGGGAGCGAAGGAUUAGGGUUAUGGCAAGGAGCCUCUCCAACCUAAAAACACUUGGUGCUCAUUGCUAAAUAAAAUCCUCAAAACACCAGUGGAAACUUGCAAAAACCUGCUCAAGAUUCAACUAAGUGGAGUUUGAUCGCAAUGUUUGAUGUAAUGCCAUCAAAGAUGUUUUCAUUGAUUAUUAAGAAAUAAUUUGACUUGCUAUUU